AUGCAUCCAUCUAUCAUCCAUCAUCUAUCAAUCGGAUGCCUCGUCAAGUUUCCUGCCUCCAUUCAGUCGAGCAAUCCGCCGCGACUCUUCCUCUUCCCAUCCCUCCAUCAAUUAUCGUCUCCCUUCUUACUGUUACAUACUUUCCACACUCCUCUCUACCUUACACAUACAUUCAUACUCUCUGACUUUGCUUCAGCUUCCCCCAUUAUCGUCAUCUUCUCCCCGCUGCAUUUUGUUUUCCCUUUUUUGACAGUCACCACGCUGAAAAUAAUCAAUCGUCGUCGUCGUCGUCGUCGUGCUGCGGCUCUGGACGCCAAUUUGGUCCGUGACGGACGUUGUGACGUCUUCACCGCUUCAGUGCGUCACUCGGCCGACCAACAACCCCCAUUUCACCAAAACAAACCUCGUUCUACGGGUGCAAGACUUCGAGAGCAUUCGCUGCACUCUCUUCCCUGUCCUGCUCGCAUUAUAUCGCCGCUGAUUCACCCCUUACACACCCAAUCUCGUCUUUUUGCCACCAACUUCUUUUACCUUCUUCUGAGACGGCCGUCAGGUACCGACAUCCGCCUUACUCAGCCAGUCACCUCACCUCACCCAAACCACCACCCUCGCCAACCAUCAUCCUUAAAUCCCUCAACGUCGCAACCACGACGCAGCCCUUCCUUUCGUAAAAACAUCCCCAUUCAACAACACCAUUCGAGCCCUGUGGGCCCUCUUACCAUUACCCAUUCUUUCGCCAUCGCCACGGACGGGCCCAUUGGCACUGACACUACUGGGCCGCAGUACCUGAUCGGCAACACGUACCACCGCCACUACCAGCAUCAUCCCAUAACCUUUACACAUCCCUACAAGGCCCUCAACGUCGCCCGAGAUGCCGACCAAGCCCUCAUCAAAUCCACAUAUCGCAAACUGGUUCUCAAAUGCCAUCCUGACAAAGUCACCGAUGAGUCUCUGAAAGCGCAGAAGCAGGAGGAGUUCCACAAAAUCCAGCAGGCCUGGGAGGUCAUCGGAGACGAGGCCCAGCGCGAACGAUACGAUGACGCUGUAAAGUUGGACAAUCUCCAGAGAGAGAAGCUCGCGCGAAAUAGGGGGGCUGCAGAUGCCAGACCAGCAGCCCGCUAUGAGACCCGAACGCAAGCACCCGCGGGCUCGCAUCACUAUGAUGAUCAUAAGCCAUCAUCACGAUCUUACGACGACCGGUCAGAUCGCUACUACGAGGAGCGCCCUCGCAAGUACGAUACGUACGAAGCUUACCCAAAGCACACUUCUCCACGGAGUUCGCGGGAAAAAGACAUUCCCAUCAAAGUUACACGAGUCUCAACGGAUCGCACCAGAGCUGACUAUAGGAAGACCCGCGACAGGGAGGAGCGUCGGGAUCGUGACAGGAGAUUUGUUUCCGUGGACAGCGAUUCUUCCGUCGAUGAGAAAGCCCACUACGAAGCCGAAUACAGGAGACGGACCGAAGAAGCCCGCAGAGCGCGAGAUGCAGAAGAUAUUCGCCGCGCAGCCGCCGAUGCGAGGCGGAAAGCCGAAGACCGACGAUCUUAUGAGGAAAGCAGGUACGAUCGCUACGACCGACACGAGAAGCACGACCGAUCCCACAAACACAAGGAAUGGGAAGGCAAAGCUUUUGACUACAUUGAACGGUCAAAAGUCGAGUUAGAUCGCCCUUCCCCAAGUAGAACGACUUCUUCGCGAGACGUUCGCCCAGAACAGUAUCCCGAACGCUCUCGACGGGAUGUUCGCCGUUCCGCAGCUCGGCCAAGGGAUCGUGUGACGUCGACUUCUGGACGUGAUCGCGACCGCAAGGGAAUUGAGAUCGUCGAUUGGGAGGAAGAACGGAGGAUGCCGAGCUUCAAACAAUCAUCGUCAUCGCCAGCGGAAAUACACAUCCCAUCGCGUGUUGCGCCUCAACGAGCUUACACGGAGACGGCACGCGAACAUCGUCGCGAAACAUCUCCUCCCACCCUUCGCCGCUACGAUACGAUGCCGUCGCACAGCUCCUCUCGCAGGAAGGAAGCGACUCCGAUUCGCUCUUCUGGUCUGCGUGAGUCGGCGACACCUAGCUCGACCGCUUAUGCAGCCGCACCAACAUCAUCUCCAAGUACUACCAGGAAGCUGUAUUCUUAUACACCUGCCCAAGGCGUUCGUGAGGAGGUGAAUGGCCACCGCACCGUUCUUCACGAACCAAGUCGGUUCCGCGGCCGUUCCCCAUCACCUCUCUCGCGACCACCAAUCGGACCCAACCGACCCGUCGAAGUUGCUCCCAACUAUGCUUCAACGUCCUCUAAAGCCACCAAGCCCUCGCUCCCACGCGCCGCGACUAUGCACGUGGGCCCCACGCACACGGAAGAGCGCGGCCGUCGUUUGUUCGGAGAGUCGAUUCCUGACUCUGCCAGACGCGAAAAUGCGCGUCGACAAACGAGUUUUUCCCCUGACCAGGUCUCAUAUUCAUCCAAGUAUGGCCCCGAAGACAUCAGAUGGGCUCCCCGCAGCCGUGAGCCGCCAACACUCUCCAGACAUUCUACCUCUGUCUACUAG